UACUGUGUACAGCUCCGCAAUAUGGAUAUUGAUGCACAGCCGUAACUGUGGCACAGUCUAGCGGCUGCAUACUUAUACCACGGCCCACAAGGGCAGGGGGGUGAGGGAACCGAUCUUACUACCAGAAAAUACGCCCCGUUUGGCAUAAUUUAAGUCCAAAGAGGUCGGAGGAGAAUAGCCCCAUCAAAGGAUGGCUGCAGAAGACCAAAAGGCGUAUCAGCCAGAGCUCGACGGCUCUCGUCAGCGUUCCCCUCUGUUCUCCCUUUAUCAUGUUGAUGCAGCGUCGUACAUUCUUUUAUCUCUCCUGCUGGCUCGUUAACGUUGUUGCGCAAGGCCCUUAUCCAGAUGGCUCCUUCAUCUUCCCCCCGAACCUUGCCGACGAUAAAGAUCAGUCGGGGUUUCCGACAUGGACGAUCGGGACUUUGAUAUACAUUCAAUGGAAUACCUCGUAUGAGCGGAGUAACCUCUUCUACUCGCAGUUCUACGACGACGAUACCGCGCAGCUGCUUGCUGCGAACACGGAUAAGAAGGAAUUCGCAUGGACCAUCAGGCCCUCUCCAAUCUACACCAACCUGUCGAUGCCCUUUCACUUUAGGGUUGUGAACCCUCGCGGUACACAAAAAUAUCAAGCAGGAGGGGGGUUCUGGAGUUCUGGAGUUCUGGAUUCUUCUUCGGAUCCGAAGGCCACAGCAAUUCUGCACCUGUAUCGACCACCUCCGCCGCGACCACGGCGAAUCCAGCCAUCUCAAUUAGUUCCUCAUCGUCUGCCACCCUGCCGUCCAAUCCCUCAGAUGAGCACGCAACAGCUUCAUCUCGACUUUCCGGGGGAGCCAUUGCCGGAACCGUAAUCGGCAGUCUCAGCGCCUUACUCGCAUUCCUGGUGUUCAUCUACUGGGCGAGAGGGCGCGGGAAGGACAGGAAAGCGGAUAGGAAAAUGGAAAAACCCUCUCAACUCACCCCAGAACUCUCAGCAGCAUCCCACCAGUAUUCAGGAUAUCAGCAACAAGCGACCAACCUUGUCGAGGGCCCAGGUUUCAGGGAUCCGGCUGAGGCUUACGGGAACCCGAAACCUUGGCUUCCUCCGGCAGAACUCAGUGCGUAGGAUGGCGGAGUCCGCUAUGCAUGCGAAGCGAU